UUCCUGAACGCACCGACAGAGGUCUCUUCGAGCAAAAGACAGAGAAGGAAGGAGAUGGCCGACUAGUACAUAACCGCUGCCACUUCGUUGGAUAUAUUACUUAAAGUCUAAACAGAUUCACGAUUGAAUUCGAAGGAGGAACCUUCUAAAAACUUUUUGUUCCCUUUCCACAAUGGCGGAACCAAACAGUAACGUCAGAUAUCAGGAGCUGGUGAAUGAGGAGGAGCCACCCCAGCCUUCCCAGGAGAGUCCUGCCCCGGACGCACCACCACCCUACAGCAGCAUUGCUGCGGCAAAUGCAGCUUUCUUCGAAUACAAGGAAGAUGGUGGAAGAUUUCCCAAUCCUCCGUCAUACAACGUUGCCACCACCUUACCUUCCUACGAUGAAGCAGAGAGAAGCAAAGCGGAGGCUGCCGUCCCUCUGGUCACAGGGAGAGUCUCGGAGGAAGACUUUGUGGCCAGAGAUGACUUUGAAGAUGCCGAUCAGCUGCGAAUAGGAAAUGACGGCAUUUUCAUGCUUACCUUUUUCAUGGCAUUCCUCUUCAACUGGAUUGGCUUCUUUUUGUCGUUCUGUUUGACCACAUCCGCCGCUGGUCGAUACGGAGCCAUCUCAGGCUUUGGUCUGUCCCUCAUCAAAUGGGUUCUUAUCGUCAGGUUUUCCACCUAUUUCCCGGGUUACUUUGAUGGGCAGUACUGGUUGUGGUGGGUCUUCCUGGCUCUUGGCUUCAUGCUGUUCAUCAGAGGUUUUGUGAACUACUCCAGAGUGCGUAAAUUGGUCGAUCCUGCUUAUGGCACUCUUCCCAGAACGAGGGUACUUUUCAUCUACUAGAGAUGCCGGAUGUGGUGCGUCCAGACCCGAAAGAGAGAUGUAAAGAAAUCAUUCAGAACCGAUGACAGAAAUCAGGAUAUCUAUACAUCACAUCUGCUCUUUUCCACCUUUAUUAUUGAAACAUGGCUAACUGUAAUCUUCCCCCUUCAUGUACUCAUUAGUGGCAAAUGUUGCCUGGUAUUGACAUCUGUAUGUAACGUAUGAGUAAUGCCUUAUAUCAUUGGGUGGUAGCAUGCUUCUGCUCGUGAGGUUAAUAACUAGGAAGAGUCUCAUGUUGGCGACACUUGAAGCCAUAGAUAUAAAUUAGUGCAGCGCUGUAGAAAUGCCAUAGCAUGCAACACAUUUUGUAAUCUGCACUGGUUCAGCUACUCGGCUGUUUUUAGAUUCGAAGCACACCAACGAGGCAAAGAAAGCUGCCGAGAAAUCCUCCCUCGGCUCUGAGUAGUGUCAUUUCUCUUAGAGCCACAAGAGGGCAGUGUUUUUUCUUCCUUGUUUUAGUUACAUGUAAUAGAUUUUGUUUAUAGGACUUCAAAUGAGAAAUACAAAAGCAGCUUUUUGAUUAAACUUUAUGCCAGAGUAAAACAACAUUUGUCAUAAAAUAAAGUACAAUUUAAAGAUGCUUUAAACACAUCUUCCAUGCAUUUUUAGACGAGUUACCAGGUUCUCAUUUUCACACUCGAAUCCAGGAACGGUUCAGAUUUCCAAUGAAAGUUUUUAGAUCAAAAUGGAAAUAUCUUAGCUGGAUUAAAUGAUCUUAACAUCAAAAUAUCUUAAAUUUUAUUGUAGCAAUUUUCCUGACGAUGAUUAAUUCAUUCAGGUAUCAAGUAAAAAUGAAUAAAAUUACAGUGAAAUCCCACCAAACUGUUUAAUCUCAGCAUUUUCUUCUGCUUUAGCUUUACUUCAUAUCAAUUCUGCUUGUUUCUAUGUGAUGUCGAGCAGCACCGUUGGAUUUUAUGGAUAUGAAACUGUACAUAAAAUGUUUAGUGUUGAAUAAAUGUCAAAUUUAAAUGCGC